GCUGCUUUCGCAGUGAACUGUCAACUUUGACGUUUUCCGUAUGACUUCAAAUUUUCUAGUUCUAGUUAAAACGUGAAUAAACUUGUUUAAUAUCACAUAUCCCGUAUAAAAUGCCCCAAAGGAAGAAACCGUUCAGCGGUAAAGCGAAAAAAGAACAGUUAAAGGCUAAAAAACAGUCCAAACAAAAUGCUCCUCAAGAGGGAUACGGCGCUAGAAACAGGAAUCGUACAGUUAAACCAAGCGGCGGUGACAACGAACCACGUCAAAUUCAAAAAUUUCACUACUGCCCUUCUAAAGAUGGAAGGUCUGAUCGAAAUCGCUACGCUUUACAGUUCUAUCGUGAGAGCAAUGCCGAAAUUAAAGUACGAAAGGAGGAAGCAUGCAAAACCAUUGACGUCGUUCCUGAGGAAGCCCUAGAAAUUGAUUCAAAAGAAUACUUUCCUAAAGAAUUGGGCUUCCCUAAAAGACCACACUGGUCGUAUGAUAUAAGCACAGAAGCUUUAGAAGCACGAGAAAUUAAUUAUUUCAAUGAUUAUGUCAACAACAUUAUUGAAAAAUUUGAUUUAAAAAAUUUAGGUUUUUUUGAAUUAAAUUUAGAAACUUGGAGACAAUUAUGGAGAGUUCUUGAGAUGUCUGAUAUUGUUUUACAUAUUGUGGAUAUUAGAUUUCCCGCACACAUGUUCCCUCCGUCGCUCUAUGAAUACGUCACUGAAACCCUAAAGAAAGAUUUUAUUUUAGUCCUAAACAAGAUUGAUUUGGCGCCGGCGCCUUUAGUUGUUGCAUGGAAAAAAUAUUUUGAAAAAAAUUAUCCAAAUCUACACAUUGCAAUGUUUACUACUCUUCCUGGGUAUAAUUUAGUAGGAACCCAAGUAAAUCGAGCUGGUCUACAAGUACGUAAACGAAGAGGCAAAUUCCGUCUAGCUGCCGAAGGAAGUCAACAGUUGUUUGAAGUUUGUAAAUCUAUAGUUGGCGAUAAUCUAGACAUCAGUUCGUGGCAGAAUAAAAUCAAAGAAGAGAUGAACUUAGAAUAUGAGGAUGAAGAGGACGAAAAAGUAGAAAUUGGGGAAACCGUUGAAAUGAAAUCAGUUGACACAAGUUUCUUUGAACACGAAAAAUAUAAAAACGGGGUUCUAACCAUUGGUUGUUUAGGUCAACCCAAUGUUGGUAAAUCUUCUCUAAUUAAUGCUAUUAUGGGCAGGAAAGUUGUUAGUGUGUCAAGAACUCCAGGGCACACUAAACAUUUUCAAACAAUAUUUUUAACCCCAAAUGUCAGGUUGUGUGAUUGUCCAGGUUUAGUUUUUCCUUCUGUUACACCCAAGGUUCUACAAGUUUUAAUGGGCAGCUUCCCUAUUGCUCAACUUCGAGAGCCGUUUACUACUGUGAAGUUUUUAGGAGAACGUUUAGAUUUGCCAAAUAUGUUAAGGAUACAACAUCCAGAAGAUGAUGACACGUGGUGCGCUAUGGAUAUUUGUGAUGGUUGGGCGAAAAAACGCGGUUUUCUUACCGCAAAAGCUGCUAGAUUAGAUAGUUAUCGUGCUGCUAAUGAUUUGUUAAGAAUGGCUCUUGAUGGUAAAAUUUGUUUGUGCUUGAGGCCUCCAGGUUACACCAACAAAAAAGAAUAUUGGACAUCACAUCCUGACAUGGAAAAAGUUAAGUGGAUCCAAGCAAAAUCAGAUGAUAGUAACCAUCCCGUCGAUGAUAAGGAUUACUUAUCAGAUGAGUCUGAUAAUGACGUAGCUGGAUCAGCUGGAGACCAUAAAGAACCUAGUGACGAAGACAGCGAAGAAGACGAAGAAGAAAAUAGUGAUUCAGAUGGUGAAUUGCCUAAAUACGCCCAAAACAAGUUUGCAGCUUUAGCAGAAGAAGACUAAACCAUAUCUUAGGAUCAUUCUAGAUGUAUAAGAUUUUUGUAAUCACGAAUUAUCGUUAAAAUUUCUAGCUUUCAUCAAAUACAUAAAAUAUUUCUAGU